AUGGCGGAAUCCCACAUUCCGCUCCACUGUGGACGUAGCAGCAGCUCGGGGAUGGCGAGCCUUUAAAAUUCAGGCACGGAGGACUUAAAACGUGGAUUAGCGGGAUUCACAGAACACCAACCGGCUGUGCAGGGGAAGGCUCCAUGAAUGUACGUCACCAUGAUGAUGACGGACCAGAUGCUGGAACUUCCGCCACUGCUGAACGGCGAGGUUCCCAUGAUGCACCACAUGAUUAAUGGAGACGCCUCGCAACAGGUAAUCUUGGUCCAGGUGAAUCCUGGGGAGACGUUCACCAUUCGUCGGGAGGAUGGAACCCUGCAGUGCAUACAAGGGCCCGCAGAAGUUCCCAUGAUGUCACCGAACGGCUCCAUCCCACCCAUUCACGUGCCCCCAGGCUACAUCUCCCAGGUUCUGGAGGACAACACAGGAGUUCGGCGAGUUGUGGUCACCCCCCACUCUGAAUGUUACCCCCCCAGUUACUCCCCCGCCUUAUCCCCCACCCACCACCUGCCCCCACCAUACAUGACGCACCCCCACUUUAUCCCAGCCUCGCACACGGCUUACUACCCCCCUGCCAGCCCUGGAGACGUGCCCCCACACCAGUACUACCAGCACCGUUUGCCUCCCAUCUACCCGGAGGAGAUCAUCCCCUUGUAUAACAUGUCGACGUUCCUGGGCCGGGAGGAGUAUUGCAAACCUCAGCCUAAGAAGCCGAAGGAGCGUCCAGCCGAGCGGCAGAGCCUGUCCCGGGUCAGCACACCCCCAUCGUCCAGCUACAAGAGCGGCCCAGCCUGCAGCGCCACUCCAAAUGGCUAUGGCAAGAACCACGCUGGCACAGCAGCCACAGGGGGAGGGGGAGGAAGCCCUGGGAACAAAAGAGCAGAGAGGAGGGCCAGAGGAAGCCCCAAACAGACAGAGAGUGACCAGCAAGAUCCUGACUUGGAUGCAAGAAGAGACCAAGAUGUACCGUCAGGAAUGGAAAAGCCACAGGUGUGUAAGAUUCAGGCACGCUCUGCGCUGGUGUCCUGGUCUCGAGCUCCUGUGGGGGCGUCCGGGCGGGGGCAGACUGACGGAGCUCCGCUCUCCUGCAGCUACGAGCUGCUCCUUGCUGAUAAGAGCUGCGAUGGGAAAUACAGAGUCGUCUACAGUGGAGAAGAGCUGCAGUAUACUCUCACUGACCUGAGACCUGCUACAGACUACCAUGUCAGAGUAAGCGCCGUGUGUAACUCUGUGAAGGGUCCCCAUUCAGAGGCAAGGGCGUUCACUACCCACAGUGCCCCCCCAGAGACCCCCCUACCCCCCCGACUCUCCCACCGCACCAAGAGCUCCUUGACUCUGCAGUGGAAGCCACCUGUUGAUAAUGGCUCAAAAAUCACCAACUACGUUCUGGAGUGGGAUGAGGGGAAGAAGAACAGCGUUUUCAGAGAGUGUUAUUUUGGCUACCAGCGACAUUUCAAAGUCAUGCGGUUGUGCCCUGCUGUCGGGUACACGUUUCGAGUGGCAGCACUCAAUGACAUCGGGCCCAGCGGCUUUAGCCCAGAAGUGGUUUUCCACACCACGGGCAGCUUGCCCCAGAUGCCUCUGGCUCCUCGCCUGCUCCAGGCCGGGACAUCCUGGGUGGCGCUGGAGUGGACCCGCCCCAGCGGCUGCAGCCCAGACGAGGCGGUCACGUACACCCUGGAGAUGCAGGACGAUAGCAAGGGACCGGAGUUCAAGGCUGUGUUCAGUGGGGCAGAGCUGAGCAGCAGGGUGGAGGGGUUGAGCAGAAACACCAGCUACAGAUUCAGACUCACAACCUGCAGUGCAGAGUGGCGAAGCACCCCCAGCUCUGUACUCAUGUGUAGGACGAGCCCAGACAAACCUGGACCUCCAGCAGCCCCCAGGGUCUCUGCAGUCACACCUCACAGCUUCUGUGUGGCAUGGGACCCCCCACAAGAUGAUGGCGGCUGUGGGGACUUGACGUACCUCCUGGAAAUGUCUGAAGGGAAUCCGGAAGCGGUGAGCCAGUGGGAGAUUGUGUAUCGCGGGCCGUUGCAGGAACACGUGUGUAAGGAUCUGAAUACAGCGACUCGCUACUCGCUUCGCCUCAGCUCCAACAGCUCGGGCGGCCACAGCCAGUACACGGAGAGCCUGCUCGUCUGCACUCUCAGCCUGCCCCCAGGCCCCUGCCGGCCAGUCACCAUCCAGGGGAGUGUCAAACACAGGGAGGUGAACUUACAGUGGGAAGGCCCUGCGCAUGAUGGAGAUGAUGAAAGUCUGGUGUACAGUGUGGAGAUGAGUGGAUCAGAGGAGGAAUCUGACGUUAUGCAGGUGUACCAUGGAGCGCACACUGAGUGCACUGUGGGUAGUCUUCUGCCAGGCGCAACCUACAGGUUUCGAGUGCGUGCAGCCAAUGAUGCUGGGUACGGUCCAUUCACUGAAUUCCUGGAAGUGACCACUGCAGCAGGACCUCCAGGCCAGUGUGUGGUGCCAGUAAUUAGCCUGACCUCUCACACGUGCGCGGUGGUCAGCUGGGAGACGGACGAGAGCUCAGGGGCAGAUAUCUCUGGCUACCGGCUCGACUGGGGUCGAGAUCAGGACUCUCUGGAAAUGGUUUAUAGCGGGACGGAAACCUUCUGCGAAAUCUCCAACCUGGAGGCGGCAGCAAGCUACUGCUGUAGACUACAGGCCACUAACCAAGCGGGGGCAGGACCCUACAGUGAUCUGGCUUGGUGCCGGAUGCCAGCGGCCGCUCCGGAAGCUGUGGUCAAUCUUUAUCUGCAGGAACCUGUCUCAUUUCCUGCUGAAGGAGAGACCUUCUCCCCCUCCACCUGCCUGGCUUUGGCCUGGGACGAGCCCAACUCUAACGGCCAGGAGAUCACCUGCUACACCAUCGCCAUGGGAGACACUGUCAUCACAGCUGGAAACACCACCUGCCAUGUGAUCAGGAACCUGCAGCCUGACAGCGAGUACAGCGUUCAGGUCAGGGCAGAGAACGCAGUGGGUGCUGGCCCAUUUGGGCCGAGUCUGCGGGUAAGGACCAGGCCACUGCCCCCAGCCCCGCCUAGAUUGGAGUGCGCAGCCGCAGGACCACAGAGUCUGAAACUGCGUUGGGGGGACAGUAACAGCAGGGGGCCAAGCACCGAUGAGACUACCUUCAUCUUGCAGAUGGAGGACAGGAACCAGAGGUUUGUGCCGAUCUACCGUGGGCCAAGCCAUACGUUUAAGGUGCAGCGUCUGAGCGAGUCGAGCCGCUACACUUUCAGGAUCCAGGCUGUGAGUGAGGCGGGCGAGGGACCUUUCUCAGACAUGUACUCCUUCACCACUGCCAAAUCUGUGCCUCCAACUCUCAAAGCUCCUCGUGUGGCUCAGUUAGAGGGCAAUGCCUGUGAGGUGGCCUGGGAAAACGUACCGCCCAUGAGGGGAGACCGUAUCAGCUACGUGCUCCAGGUCCUGGGUGGGAGGGAGUCGGAAUACAGACAGGUGUAUAAGGGAGAGGAUACCACCUUCCAGCUGUUCGGCCUGCAGUGGAACACGGACUACCGCCUGCGGGUCUUUGUGUGCCGACGCUGUUCGGACACCUCACAGGAGCUGUGCGGGUCCUUCAGCCCUUCCACACACUUCUCUCCCCGCCGCUCCAACACCACCGUGGCCGUGGAGCCAGGCACCGUCAGCACGUCCACGCCCAAAGCGCUCACAGACGAACAGUUCGCCAGCCUCAUCGUCCUCGGGGUGGCCUCGCUCUCCAUCUUCAUCGCUUACCUGCUCCAGCUCCUCAUAUGAAGAUGCCGGACGGGGAAGCGCCGAGCAAAUCGCAACAAAAACGGAAACUUGA